AUGUCUGAACUCGAUAUCCAGAUCCCAACAACUUUUGAUGCAUUCGCCGAGGCAAAUGCUGAGAACUCAGGUGCCGGGUCAAAGGACUAUGUACAUAUACGCGUACAGCAGCACAAUGGUAGGAAAAGCCUGACCACUGUCCAGGGGUUGAAGAAGGAAUUCAGCUACAACAAGAUACUCAAAGACCUGAAGAAGGAAUUUUGCUGCAAUGGUACUGUUGUCCAAGACCCAGAGCUCGGCCAAGUUACCCUAUGUGCUAAUAUACUAAAUAUGAUAUGGUUUUGA